AUGCCAGCACCGACAGCGCUUCUUCGAAAGUCUGAUGAGCCACUCUCGGCCGAAGAGCCAUCUUUGGCUUUUUCUUCAGAGCAAGACGAUGAGAUUUUGAUAGAUGCACAAGCAUCCGGCCAGGUAGAAGCGGUAGCAUCAUCUCUGAUUCCCGUCGAGUCUACCCAGGACAGCAACAUGCGCAUUGAUGAAGAAAGCCGACCAGUGUUUACACCAAUAGCGGAUGCCGGGACCGUGCUGCGAGUUGAAACUCGAAAGGUGCCAGUUCCUCCUCACCGUAUGACGCCCUUAAAGGCGAAUUGGCCCAAGAUCUACCCGCCCCUGGUUGAGCAUCUCAAACUACAAGUGCGAAUGAACAUCAAGAACCGAGCGGUCGAACUGCGUACCUCUAAAUUUACCACCGACACGGGAGCGUUACAGAAAGGCGAAGAUUUCGUAAAGGCGUUCACCCUUGGAUUUGAUGUCGACGAUGCCAUUGCCUUAUUGAGGCUUGACGACCUGUAUAUUCGCUCAUUUGAGAUCCGUGAUGUCAAGGCUUCGUUGAACGGAGAACAUCUCAGUCGCGCUAUUGGGCGAAUUGCGGGCAAGGAUGGGAAGACCAAGUUUGCCAUCGAAAACGCAAGCCGAACACGGGUUGUGCUUCAGGGUACGAAAGUUACCAUUUUGGGCAGAUUUAGAGAUUUGGGGAUCGCCCAAGAAGCCAUUGUUUCUCUAAUCUUGGGUAGUCCUCCGGGUAAGGUGUAUGGAAACUUGCGUAAAGUGGCGUCUCGCAUGAAGGAGCGAUUUUGA